AUGGAGGCCAAGUCUGCACAAACCCCGGGGCUGUCCCAUCAUCUGCAUGGCGUAUUAGCCGAGCUACAUCGUCAACCUUAUCCCUACGUCCCAAACCCCCCAACUUGCAAGAAACGCGCCUCGGUUGCCUUGAUUAUUCGGGUACGACCAACCUAUGACCAUUGGCCCAGCUCAACCUCCACAAAAGAUGCUUCUCAGCCAGUUCAACAACGUUUAGACGAGUUCUUUUCACAGCCAUGGGUCCAAUACGGUGAACCGGAGGUUCUGUUUAUCAAGCGUGCUUCGCGCGUGGGGGACCGAUGGACCGGCCAUGUUGCCCUACCGGGCGGAAAGCGAGACCCGGAAGAUGCAGAUGAUAAAGCUGCCGCUAUUAGGGAAGCUUCAGAGGAAAUCGGAUUAGAUUUGACAACAGAGGAUACCAUUAGUGUGGGCAAUCUCCCUGAGCGGGUAGUCACUACCAGCUGGGGGUCUGAAGCGCUGAUGGUUCUUUGUCCCUUCGUUUUCCUCACGACUCGCAGCGACUCCCCGACUCUUAGAUUGCAGCCCACGGAAGUAGCAUCGACACACUGGAUUCCCCUGCGCGCGCUCCUAUCACCAUCAUUGCGGACCGUGGAAUAUGUGGAUAUGUCGCAGCGUUUCGCUCGACAAGGCGGAUUUCUGACCCGUCUUGUAAUUCGGUCUCUGAUGGGCUGGAUGCAGUUCUCGGCCGUGAGGCUCCUGCCGUCGGAAACCAACCAAUGCACUACAGCUCCAGGGUUUAUCCCUGAAGAGAAUCCACCCAAACUUUCUCUGGCUCAGCGCUUCAAGGGAUGGUGUCUGAGUGGGCAAGCGGACUCGAGUGACACUACCCGUCCGCUGCUCCUCUGGGGUCUCACUCUCGGCAUCCUGGCCGACUUCUUGGAUAUGCUCCCUCCCCAUCAAGCCGUGAAGUUGUGGAAAUAUCCCACAUUUACCGUGCCUGACCUGCGGUUGAUUGUAAGAAUUGUGACUUAUAAUCUACGGAAGCGUAAUGCACUCAACGUGAGAUCGGGUGCUCGUCCUAGUAAUAUGGCCGCUGAUAGCGAAACGGCCGCAUUUCCAUUCAUACAGGAGACGAAUACCGAACAUGAUCACAAUGAAGUGGGUAUCGGUGGUCUCGGAGUGGGAAGAUAUUAUGGUCCGACAGACCAAGCAACGGAUGGGACUUCUUAUGCUGUUGGGAUCAUGCUCCGGGGGUAUUAUGACCGCUUGCGCAUGGCAAUCUGGGUUUUCCUGGCCUGGCGUGUAGCCAUUGGUUCAAUUGCUGGUAUUUCAGCCUGGCGAAUUCUUCGACGACUGCGUUGA